AUGGGCCAAUUCUCAGUGGCGAGCAAAAGAGCCCAGAAAAGUAGAAACUCCGAUCGGCCCAUCCUAGCUACCACCCUGAUUGCGAAUCAACAGCCAAUCGUGCUGCACGUCAUGUUUUUCCAACUUGCCCUGCUAUUAACCUACAUCACCUUUCCCUCUCAUGCGCAGAUCACCGCACCCGAAUUCUGCGCGACGGGAGUCCAUGCAAUUCUCAUUCGGGGUCAAGGGAGUGGGGAUCACCUGAACGUCAUGGUCACCAUGCAGAACCUCAUUUUACAGCUGAUCCCAAAUUCCACUAGUGUGGCACUCCCGUAUGAUCACGGUGGGGAUGAUCAUAGAGUUGUGGCCGUCGAUGGUGCUCUCCUGAUGCAGUCGUAUAUCCGAGACUAUGUCGCCUCCUGCCCUCAAUCGAAGAUCUUUCUCAUGGGGUACUCCCUGGGUGGGAUAAUCGUGAUGGAUGGCCUUUGCGGGACUAGUUCCCUAUGGCUCAAUCACGUCGAUGCGAUUGAACCGCAGUAUAACCGAAAUGUGAUUGCGGCUGCCUCCUAUGGGGAGGAGACAUUCAUUCCUGGAAUGCCCUGGAAUGCCGGGACUUGCAAGGAUGGAUUGGGAACAUACCCACGAAUUCAUCCCGAGUGGUGUGAUCCAUAUGCUGCAUCCAUUCGAGACUACUGUGACUCGGGCGACGAUGCCUGCUGCAUGAAGUUCCCACCAUUUGAUGACGGGGCUCACUUUACGUAUAUUUUCAAAUACAAUAUCGAUCUCUUGCACUUUGUCGAGCGCCGAUUGGUAGAGACGCAUAUGCCUUGA